AGAGAGAGAAAGAAAGAGAGAAAGAAAGAUACAAAUAGAUAAAAAGACGGGGGAAAGACAGGAAUACAGAACGAAAAAUUAAAUGAGAGAGGUGGGAAAGAAACAGAGAAGGAGAGAGAAAAGGAAAAUGGAAAGGGAAACGAGAAAGUAAAGAAAAAGUAAAUAAUAUGUAGAAAAAUAAAUUAAAAUUAAAAAAAUAGAAAUAGAACAUGAAAGGAAAAAGGAAAGGAGAAAACAAAGAAAAAAGAAAAGCAAGAAAUAAAAUGAAAAAGAAGAGAGAAAAGGAGCGGAAAAAAGGGAAAGCCAAAGAGAGAAAAAGAGGGAGAAGAAAGAGGAGAGGGAAAAGGGCAAAGAAAAGGGAAAAGAAAAGGGAAAAGAAAAGGGAAAGGAAAAGGGAAAGGCAAGAGAGGAAAAAGAGAGAAAAAGGAGAGGGAAAGAGAAAAGAUAAAGAGGAAAGAGGGCCAAAAGAGGAAUAAGGAAAUGAAAAACGGAAAGGAAAAAGAGGAGAACGGAGAGGGAAAACGGAGAAGAGAGAAGAGGGGGAAAAAUAAAAGAAAAGCCAGGAGCAGAGAGGAGCGGGCGAGCCCGAAGUUGGCGGCAGGGCGGGCGCGGGUGGGCAGGGCCCGCAGCCGCCCCGCCCCCGCCCCGCCGCCGCCGCCGCCGCCGCGCCCGCUGCCGGCCGUGCCCCCGCUAAAGGAGCAGGGAGCGGGGCGGCGCGGCAGUGCGCCCCGAGCCGCGCCCGCAGCCCCGACAGCAGCAGCGGGAGCCGCGCCGGGAGGGAUGCGGGGCGCCGGGGAGGAGGCAGGGGCGGCGAGCCCCGCGCCGCUGUGAUCGCCCGGCGGGCAGCGGGAGCGGCGGUAUAUCCGAGCGCAGACACCGCCGUCCGACAGCAGCGCCGCUUUCCGCCCCGGGAGCGUCCGCCGAGGCGCGGCCCCGAUGCCCGGCGGGACGGCGGGGCCGCCGCUCGGGCGCGUAGCUCCCCGCUAAAGGCGGCGGCCCCCGCGGGCUGGAUGCGCGUCGCCGGUGCGGGCGGCACCCCCGGGCCGGCCGCCGGGGCCCCGCGGCGCUAGGGGCCGUCCGGGCCCCCCGCCCCGGGCCGGCGGCGGCGGCGCGGGGAUGCUGGCGCUGGGGCAGAUGGACGGCGCGCCCCGGCAGGGCGCUUUCCUGCUGGGCAGCCCGCCGCUGGCCGCCCUGCACAGCAUGGCCGAGAUGAAGGCGCCGCUGUACCCCGCGUACCCCCUGCCCGCCGGGCCCGCCUCCUCCUCCUCCGCCUCCGCCUCGCCCGCCUCCGCCUCGCCCUCGCCGCCGCUCGGCUCCCCCGGCCUCAAGGCGCCCGCCGCCUCCGCCGCCGCCGCGGGCGGGCUCUCGGCGCUGGGCACGGCCCCGCCGCAGCUCUCGGCCGCCACCCCGCACGGCAUCAACGACAUCCUCAGCCGGCCCUCCAUGCCCCUGCCGGGCUCCGCGCUCGCCUCCGCCUCGCCCUCCGCUUCCUCGGCGGCGCCCGCCGGGCUGCUGGCCGGGCUGCCCCGCUUCGGCAGCCUCAGCCCCCCGCCGCCGCCGCCGCCCGCACUCUACUUCAGCCCCGGGGCCGCCGCCGCCGCCGCCGCCGUGGCCGCCGGGCGCUACCCCAAGCCGCUGGCCGAGCUGCCCGGCCGGACGCCCAUCUUCUGGCCGGGGGUGAUGCAGAGCCCGCCCUGGAGGGACGCCCGCCUCGCCUGCGCCCCCCAUCAAGGCUCAAUUUUGCUGGAUAAGGACGGAAAGAGAAAACAUACAAGACCCACUUUUUCUGGCCAGCAGAUUUUCGCUCUGGAAAAGACUUUCGAACAGACGAAAUACCUGGCGGGCCCGGAGCGAGCCCGGCUGGCCUAUUCCCUGGGGAUGACGGAGAGCCAAGUCAAGGUCUGGUUCCAGAACCGACGGACCAAGUGGCGGAAGAAGCACGCGGCCGAGAUGGCGACGGCAAAGAAGAAGCAGGACUCGGAGACGGAGCGGCUGAAGGGCGCCUCGGAGAACGAGGAGGAGGACGACGACUACAACAAGCCCCUGGACCCCAACUCGGACGACGAGAAGAUAACGCAGCUCCUGAAGAAACACAAGCCGGGGGGCGGCGGGCUGCUGCUGCACCCCCCGGAGGGGGAGGCCUCCGUCUAGCCCGCUUCGCCCGCCGCCGCUUUCGGAGAUGUACAGAUCUAUUUUUCUAGACUCUACGCGCCCGGGAGGAGGAGGAGGAGGAAGAGGAGACGCCGGAGGGGGAGCAGAGAGGACUGCGGGCGCCCCGUGUUUGUGGAGGGUGGCGGGCGGAGGGGAGCGGCGGGGGCUGCCCCAGCCCCGGCCCCGCUCCCGGCCGUGCGGCGGCCGCGUCUUUGCCGGCCCUUUGUAAAUAAACCGUGAGUCAACCGCGGCCACAGGCGUUCCUUACUGUGAAUAUUUAAAAUGUAAAAUACCUUUUUUUUUUUUUAAAUUUUUUUUUGUACAGCAGGGGCCCGGGGGCCGCAGCCGCCCC